CUUUCCUAGCGCAUUGGUCUCAGUGCUGGAAGCCUUGCUCGUUCUCCAAGCCUCCCGGCCAGUGCCAGUAUAAGGCAAGACAGUGAAAGGGACCGCAGGACCGGGUAGGAGCUAAGGACUAGGAGCGGCAUCACAUCAUCCGUCUAUCCAGAUGUUAAAACAUCAAUCAUGGAGUCUUCGAAGUCUGCCUUCAGCUGCUUCUCUGUGUACCGAACCGGGGAACUCUAAAAAAGGCACAACAAAAGAUAAAGGUGAGAACAUGAUUAGCACUAUACCUGAAGAAAUUGUAAAGUUACCUGAUGAAGACCUGAAGAAAUUCUGGGCAAGUAAAACAUUGGUAACAUUUCCUCAGAGGCCAGCGUUUCCUCCUCGAGAGAGAGAUCCUGGGUUCUCCUCAGCAGGAGGCUCAAAUGAGAAGUCAGACAAAGAGUCAUCCUCUUCAUCAAGCUCUGAAUCAGAUUCUAGCUCUGAUUCUGAUGAGGAAGGUGAUGACAUCAAAGACACUCGAAAAACCAAGGUAGCAUUUCCAAGGAGAGACCCAAUCUUGUCUGAGGAGAGAACAGUGAAGGAAAAGACAGCAAAUGAGCAGCAUUUUCCUCAAAUACGAAAGAAGGACAGUGAGAAGCACCUUCACAAUCCCACAAUCACUGUGUCACCAAUCAAGAAAAAAGGAGUAGUAUUUCCAAGACAAGAUACCAUCUCUUUUAAGGAUAGAACUGUAAAGGUGAAUACAAGUAGGCAACACAUUCCUUCAUCACAAAAUGCCCGUGCCCUUCGAGACAGUCCCAGAAUCAGUGAGCCUCCAAUCAAAGAAAAGGAAGUGUGUCAAACAACGGAUAAGUUGUUACAAUCAGAACUGGUGAAACAUGACACAAAACAAAAAUCCAAAGGAGCACAUUUAAAAAGCAUGGAUUUGGUAAUAAACCCGGUAGAGAUACAAACUUCAGAGAGUCAAAGACUGACUUCGAACCAACUGGAGACAUCACUUCAUGAAGCAGCAUCUAGUAAAUUGUCUAAAACGCAACAGGAAAGCAUGACGACACAAAAUCUUACUUUGCUGAGUCAGAAAGAAAGUGAAGCAAGGAAAGGACAAGAUACUGCCUCACAAGAACGACAUGCUAUGAAAGUCCAAGAGGAGCUUUUGGAUGACAACGCACCUGUGGUGGAAACUACCAUGAUGGAAGAAAUCGCCCAGGAAACAGGAAUUCAGGAAGAAGAGCCAAGCAUCGCUCAGGAAGUUAAGACAGAAGUUGAAACUUCUCAAGAAGCAAUUGACACUUCUACCUACAAAAACUUGCAACAUCAUGAGUACACACCAUUCACUUUUGUGGAUUAUGAUGUCGAGCUUUCAAAAUUCAGGCUGCCUCAGCCAUCGUCUGGAAGAGCAUCCCCCUGGCACUGAAUCACACUGAAAUCAGAAGUGGAAAUCCAUAAAUGAAUAAACUCACUCUGAAAAGGAAGCAAUAUCUGUGUAAUAAAUUGUUGUAAAUGAA